ACGAGUCAAUCCGGAAGUAGUAUGGAGCGUGUAAAAUUCGGUGGUGUCAAAUGAAAAAUACCGUCAAGAGCCAGUGAAACACACGUACUGGCUUGGACGGAUUGGUAGGAGAACAGUGGUGAAAAGGACGAUGCAUAUCGCAAGUCUCGGUGAAUACCUAUGUUGAUAAAUAAAUCAAUUGAACACAUCUAGCUAAAUGUCGGAUCCAAGAAAGAGGGGAGGAAAUGUGGACUGGACAUGCAGUGAGGCACUGACACCGGUGGGCAAAACGGAGAGGAAUUAAAGUGAGAGUGAAGCCGAUCAACUGAAACCAUUCUUCGACAUCCAAACUGGCUUUCCAGAUAGCAAGCAACACGUCCUACCGGGGCAAAUUACAAAAGGAUGAUGGCUGAGGGAUAACGUCAAGGACUGUCAGCCCCUCCACCCCAACGUGACCCUGGUUAUCUUAUCCAAACACCCCUUUUCCCCCUGUUUUUCUCAAUUUCCUCUUGCCCCAACUCACUCUCCUGUCCCACUGUUUCAUGGAGGAGAGCCAAACCGAUACAACAACACACUGGGUUAAUACUCACGUCUCUGCAAUAGAGGUUCUGGAUCAUUCUCCUGUCAUGUUAUUGAUCAGACUCAAUGAUUGGAUGAGCAGUAAGGAUCACGCGAUCAGACCACUGUUCUCUCCACCUCUAUUGGACGUCUUCUCUUUCUCAUCUUUGUGAUUGAUUUGGACCCUAUUGGCUGUUGUCAUUUCAACUCUGUCCCCCCUCCGCUGUUUUCUUUUCCUCACUGCAGUCUAUCCUCUGAUGUCAUUGGGCCAUGGUUCGCAAGAGAGGUUCCCUUAUCUUGUGUGGAGCUUUCCUAUUCGUCGCCUGCAAUGGCUUGCUUCUCCUUUUCCUUUGGGGACGGCCUCCCAUUGGUCGACUUGGGGAGGGGGGAGGGGCUGAGCCAGGGGGAAGGGAAGAGUGGGGAGUGGCCAAAAGAAAAGGGGGUGGGACUAAUCUGGCUGGUGAGGUGAUCCGAUUGGCCGAGGAGGUAGAAUCGGAACUCGAGACCCAGAAGGAACUUCUGAAGCAGAUUCAGAGUCACAGGUCACUAUGGGAAAAGAAGAGAGGGAUGGGAAGAAGACAGAUGGAUGGAGGGAAGGUAGAAAAUAAAGAGGAACACAAACCGCCGCCACAGUUGCCUCCAGUACCUCCAAAGGACGAUUCAGAGAACAAGGACCCAAGUCAAGAAAAAAAUAAACAGGAAUUUGUUGUUGCAGCAGUCCCAGACCUUAAAGUAGACACUCAACCGGACAAUGACAUAAAAGAACUGAACUACACCAAAUUGGAAGUAACUGUCACCAGCCCACAAGUUGUCAUUCCCAUAUUGGUUAUUGCCUGUGACAGGGUGACCGUGAAAAGGAGUCUUGACAAAUUGAUCCAAUACCGCCCCUCUGCAGAACUCUAUCCAAUCAUAGUUAGCCAGGACUGCGGCCAUGCUGAGACGGCCCGCGUGAUUGGCUCGUAUGGCAGUCAGGUGACCCACAUUAGCCAACCAGACCACUCGGACAUCCGGGUACGGCCGGAGCACAGGAAGUUCCAGGGUUACUAUAAGAUUGCCAGACACUACCGCUGGGCCCUCAACCAGGUGUUCGACACACUCUCUCACUCCACCGUGGUGAUUGUGGAAGAUGACUUGGAGGUGGCCCCGGACUUCUUUGAGUACUUCCGCGCCCUGCACCCCAUCUUGACCUCUGACCCCACCCUGUGGUGUGUGUCUGCCUGGAACGACAACGGCAGAGAUGGCCUGGUGGACCCUGGGAAGGCUGACCUCCUCUAUAGGACAGACUUCUUCCCUGGGCUGGGCUGGAUGCUGCUGAAGGACGUCUGGGCAGAACUAGAACCCAAGUGGCCCACGGCCUUCUGGGACGACUGGAUGCGUCACCCCGAGCAGCGUAAAGAGCGCUCCUGCAUCCGCCCAGAGAUCUCCAGAACUAUGACCUUCGGACGCAAGGGUGUCAGCUUGGGUCAGUUCUUUGACCAGUAUCUGCGUUAUAUUAAACUCAACACUGACUUUGUGCCUUUCACCAAACAUGAUCUGUCUUACUUGAUGAAGGAGAACUUUGACGUGAACUUUGUGAAGGAGGUUUACAGCGCCCCCCUAGUUAAAAUAGAAGAGCUACAACAAGGGGGAGGUUUGAAGGAAAUGGGUCCAUACCGGGUGCAAUAUUCCAGCCGGGAGAGUUUUAAAGUCAUGGCUCGUAACUUAGGGGUUAUGGAUGACUUGAAAUCGGGGGUUCCCCGUGCAGGGUACAGGGGCGUGGUCAGCUUCCUGUCCCGUGGACGACGGGUCUUCUUGACCCCACCUGAAGGAUGGACAAAGUACGACGUCAGUUGGAGCUGAGAGGUUCGGACAGAACCUGUCAGUUGGAGCUGAGAGGUUCGGACAGAACCUGUCAGUUGGAGCUGAGAGGUUCGGACAGAACCUGUCAGUUGGAGCUGAGAGGUUCGGACAGAACCUGUCAGUUGGAGCUGAGAGGUUCGGACAGAACCUGUCAGUUGGAGCUGAGAGGUUCGGACAGAACCUGUCAGUUGGAGCUGAGAGGUUCGGACAGAACCUGUCAGUUGGAGCUGAGAGGUUCGGACAGAACCUGUCAGUUGGAGCUGAGAGGUUCGGACAGAACGUAGUGUGGAUGGUAUCGAAGACCGACUUGAGAAACUCUCAAACCAAAGAAAACAAGGCCACAUGAAGAAACGGGAGCUAAACCAAACACACAGGCUUGGUGGGUGAAGGGAUUUGACAUGUGGUAGAGGUAGUUUGGGUAAUGGACAGGAGUAAGGCACUCCUUGUUUUAUGAGUGAACCUGAAUGCAGUGUAACACAGGGCACAGCCCAGGGAGUGAAACCACAAAGUCUCUCUCAGAAAGUAAGAAAUCAUUUAGUGCUUGGUUGUUCUCCUGCUAGAGCUUAUCUAGGAAAGGUUUACGGUUUGCUUCAACCCAAUGUCUUAAACUGACUCUAAAGUUCUGGACAACCACAAGUUUGAUUACAUUGAUUGAUUGGGAGGGCUCAGAGAUGAGCUUUUUGUCUUGUUCCCCGUGUCACCAGGUCUUUUAAAGGAGAGGCCAAACCCCUCUCUGGUCACAUCCCAAAUCGCACCCUUUUCUCUAUUUAGUGCACUACUGUUGACCAGGGCCCAUAGGGAAUAGGGUGCAAUUUGGUACAUUCUACUUUAAAAGAACUUGCAGUAUUCUACUCACUCAAAGUGAAUGAAUGAGGUCAAAAUAUUAGCUAGACUGGUAUUAAUUGAGUAUUAUAAAUAUGAUUGUCAAAUUUGGUUUAUUCAUUUAAUGUUUUUUUUUGUGGGGGCGGGGGGGGAGGCUAUUUUGGGAAAUUUUAUUUAGCUAUCUCGUAAAUGGUUUAUAAAGAGAUUCUUCAGAUGGUUAGAGGUUCAUACAUUGCCAUGCAGCGCACCAAUUAAACACAUCGUAUGUGACAUUCUGUUGAUGUUGGGUUUAUCCCAAACGGUACCUCGUUCCCUAGAAAGGGAAGAGGGCCAUUUGGGACGCAGGUGCUGACUAUACUUGAGCCCUUUCCAAACGGUGGUAUUCUACAGUAAGGUUUGUUGAAAAACCAAUGAUUAUGAUUGUUUUACUUUUUUUUUCUCUUCAUUUACAUGAUGGGUGAUACAUUUAUGUACUGUAUUUAGUUCUGGGGUGAUUGAUUCAUAUGUCCUUCUGGUGGAACAAAAAAAAAACACUGCCUGAUGUGUUAAUAACUUUAAUACGUUGCAAAUAAAAUGAACUAUUUUGA